CAAUGGAUGAGACUCAAGAAAUUCGUCAGGCCCGCUAUCGUGCCUCUGUAAAAUGGUUACUAUCCAAAGCCUACAACAAUCGUGUACCGGAUAAUUUAAAAGAACCAUUUUAUCGCGAUCAUGAAAAUCAAGAACGAUUAAAACCAAAAAUUGUUGUUGAUCUAGCAAAUGCCACACUCUAUUGUCAAACAUUAUCGAAUUUAUAUUCAGAUCCAAAUUACCAAAGCCUUAAUCAUUGGUCAAUAUUACAGACAUUGGCACGCAAAGGUGUGCCCGUUAAUGAGACAAAGGAUAUGCCAUUGACGGAGACCGUGUUAAUACAAACAAACCCACUGAGAAUUGUGGCCCAUAUAGCAGUCAUCGAAUCAUUAAUGAUGUUAUAUGCCAAGGAAAUAACAUCCAAUGAACGUGUCAAUAAUGCCAUUAAACGUAUAUCGGGUAAUGUUAAUCCUCAACUGCCCGUAGGUAAUGUUGAACAAACCAUACUCUCAUGGGUGUCGCAUACCUGUGCCGCCCUUAAGAAACGCAUCGAAAGGGAUGUGCAAACAUCCUUGGAUGAGGAUAGUACCAAACGUUUGCAAUCUCUGGAUAUACCACCCGUUAGGGAUUUUCAAGACUUGUGCGAUGGCAUUUGUUUGGCCCUGUUGAUAUCGUAUUAUUGUCCCAAAGUUUUGUCGUGGACAGAAGUGCGUAUCAAUUAUUUGCCAGCCGUCGAAGAUUCCAUACACAAUGUCCUGUUAGUAAGCAAUUUUUCACAGAAAUAUCUGCCAUACAAUGUGUUCCAUAUGCUACCCGAAGAUGUUACCUAUAUGAGGGGCUCAAUGAAAUUAAAUUUACUAAUCUUAUUGGCUGACCUCUUCAAUCUAUUUGAAAUCCAUCCGGCCAAUUGUGUUAGUUAUCCUGGCAUGGAUUCAGCUGAACUCAUCGCCAAACAAAAUGCCGGUGCCAAUGAACAUGGAAUAUAUCAUCGUCGUGGUUUAACAAUGCCAACAGUGAUACCAAUACCAGAUCUAAGAAGUGAAUUAGAUCAACCUUCUAGCUCGCCAUCAACACGACCUCAAUUUCAAGUAUCGUAUACAAAUUCGGCGAGUGGCUUUAUCCAUAAACCUGCUGCAUCUGUCCACCAUCACCAACAACAACAACUACAGCAUCAACAUCAAUUACAACAAACACAACACCCAUCACCACAACAAAUCCACGAUCCCCAUAAUAUGGCCGAAAAUACUCAUUUCGAAAAUGAAGUUUUCAAUCAUUUAGCAUUUGUUGUGCACAAAUCACGUGGUGUUACCACAUUAUCUACCAUGCAUAUGCAACAGCAACAGCAGGAUCCACUAAUGCCCGCCCGCUUAAGACAAGCAAAAGAGAAGUCAAACACCGAAACGAAGGCCGAUGAAAGAGGUGAUAAUGUUCCAGCCGGCAGGCCCAGCAAUUGGGAUCAGCAUCGUCGACCCAGUUAUGCAGGUCGCCGCUCCCGUCGCAAUUCUUCCAGUGAAGACUCACAACUGACAAUUGAAAAUUUCGGUGGUUCCCAGGAUCAACUGAAUGCAAUUGAUCGUUUCGAUAGGGGUGAUCGUGACCGGGAAAGGAAAUUAUCCAAUACCACAAUUGGUAGGUCAAUUUCUUUUCAUUCUAGAUUUUUUUUUAUUAAUUUUUAAUUUUUUCUUUUAGAACAUGUGGUGCCCAUCCGUUCUUCCAUAGCCGAUGCCCGUGGCACCUUACAGCUGGGCUAUGACACCGAUUCCGGUUCGGAAAAGCAAGAUCAUGAUACCGAAAAACAACAGCCUCUUAAAAGGCAACCAAGCUGUGACAAUGUUAGUCUUGCUGCCAAAAAUAACGGCACCCUAUCGCAUGCCAAUAGUGCCACAAAUGUGCCACAGCAACAACAACUGCAACAACAACAGCAGAAACAACAUUCGAAUAGCCCAGAAAUGAUGGAUGAACCCCGAGAAAGCCGGGAUCCAAAUGCCACACUAACCCGAAAAUCCUCCAAUGCCAGCAUGCACAUGAUGAAACCCCAACAGAAUUGGCAAAAUAAUGCAAAUGAUCUUUAUGAUGACGAUACACGAUCCAUGGAUAGUGCCUAUAAACUAUCAAAUAUACGCAUGAAAUUGGAAGAACGUCGUCGUAUGAUUGAGCAGGAUAAAAGGCGUAUCGAAAUGGCUUUGAAUCGUUAUCAGGGAAAGCUUAAUCAAGAUGACUUAAUGGCCGAUGAUUAUCAAAAAUGGGAAACAAUGAGCAAUGAUUCGAAACGUACAUCCGAUAUUGAUCCUAUGGAGUUGGAUAAAUAUCAACAAAGCAUCGCUAUUAUGAACAUGAAUCUGCAAGAUAUUCAACAAGAUAUACAAAGGCUAGCGACACAACAAAAUCAAAUACAGGCCCAACAAAUGCAAGCGCAACAGUUGCUGCAGGCUCAACAGAUUGCCAAUAUGUUGAAUCAGCAACACUCAAAUUUUGGUUCACAACAACAUUUAGCCGAUCCAUAUCCACCACGCCCCCUACAACAACAACAAAACUUUGGCUCUUCACCACAUUUGCCGCAAUCGUUUAACAGUUCCGUCAAUAAUCCCUAUGGUUCGCGGCCACCCAGCCGUGAUCCCUACCAACAAAUGCAAACAAUGCCGGUACAGUACAUGAACGAUAGCACACCACCCUACAAUAUGUACGGUCAGCCGCAACAACAAUCAUCGAUGGUGCCACCACAGUCCCAAUAUAAUACCAUGCAUACGACGUCACACUACAAUGACAACAAUGUCGUGCCUUACAACAACAGCAGCAGCAACAACAGUAAUCACAAUUAUGGACAACCACAGUCACAUCAUCCACCCCCACAAUCACACCAACAACCAUACAUUCCACGUCAAAGUAUUUACGAUGAUUAUGCACCACCGCCACCACAAUCGAUGCUUGGUCGUGAACCGAAUAUGUCACCACAGCCGAAUAAUUAUUAUGGUGGCCACGAGGCGCCACCACCCCAACAGGUAUAUGCUGCUCCGCCACCCACCCAGCGAAGGACAUGGGCCCAGCCCUCCUUUGAUGUGAUGCAGCCGCAGCAAAUGGUCGAUGUUAAUGCCUGGCAAAGACGUUCCCAAAAAUCCGAAGAUGGCCCAAGCUGGGGUAGUCCCCAACAGGAUAAUCACAUGCCACCGGCACAUCAUCGUUCGUCUAUACAUCAAAAUGGUGACAGCCAACAGCAUAUGCAAAUGUAUCCUGUGCACUCCUCGCCCGUACACAGUCAACGCGGCGGUGGUGGUGGAGUACAACGUCAACAAUCCAUGACCAAUUUGAGAGAGACUCGUUCACCGAUUAUUGUUCCCAAGGCUUCGUCGGCACCCACACCACCCGAUGAUGUUAUGGCACCACAGAGUAUUUGUUUCAUUGGCGAUGAGGAUGACAUAGAUGAGAUUGAGCGGAAUGUCAUUGAGAAAAUGCAAAGUACGGGGCUGUCGGAAUACAGCUUCCCAAUACACCACCACAAUAGUUCCCAACAUCAGCAGCAGCAACAACAGCAAUACUAUCAACGUGAUGAACAAUAUAACUAUGAUGACUAUGGUGGUGGUGGCAGCAGUAGUGGUGGCCAUUCCGCCGAUAUGAUGCCACAAAAACUCAAUAUAACCAGUGGAAAUCUCACAUAUAGGAUUCCCUCGCCACAACGUCCACAACUCCAUCCAAAUAGCUUCCAGGACCCCCGUUCGGCUGAGAAAAACAACAGCACUGCCGAAAAGGGUUUCUACAUCUCCUUCGAUGAUGAUCAACCCAAACGACCCAAACCUCCAUUACGCGCCAAACGUUCACCCAAAAAAGAGAAAAGUCUCGACAGUGUGGAUCAUCAAAUCCUCAAUAAUGCCGCGGACUCGAGCAAAGAUUUCCAUGACACCUCCUUUAACAGUAAGGAGGUGCAUGAACCGAAAUUUAAACCCAAAGUCCAUCAGCUUAACUAUAGUGAAAGUAAUAGCCCCAAGUCCACAACAUCUAUGGAUAUUAAUAAGGCCACAUAUAACAAAUAUACCGACAGUCCCAUACAAUUAAGUCAGGUUAUGUCCGCCGGGGACAAUAAAAACUUUACGUCUUCGUCAUCACACAACAACAAUAAUCAUAAUAAUCAACCACAAACUCCUCCGCCGUCAGUUGCUUCCACAUCGCCCACACAUGUUGUGAGCAGUAGCAGCAGUAGUCAACCCUUAGAGAAUAAAUCCACAAAAAGCAAAGCUUUAAUUAUAGAUGCUGCCAAUUUGGAUCCGGAAUCUGUGGAUGAAAUGGAACGCCGCAAAGAGAAAAUCAUGUUAUUAUCUCUGCAACGUCGCCAACAACAAGAAGAGGCCAAACAACGCAAAGAGCAAGAGGCUGAACGCAAGCGUGAACUUGAACGUGAAAAGGAGGAGGAAAAGCAACGUAAAAAAGAAGAACAAAUGGCUCGUAGAGCGGCAAUUUUGGAACAGCAUCGCCUCAAGAAGGCUCUCGAAGAGGCAGAACGGGAGGGUAAAACCCUCGAUCGCAAUGACAUCGCCCUUAAGCCAAGCACACAAACGAAUACAAUAUCGAGGACACGACAAAAGAGUACACGUCCUCGUCCCAAAACUAUACAUGUGGAUGAUGGUUCUGCCGUGGAUAUAAGUGAAGCUUCCAGUUUAUCUAGUCGUGGUAAAAAGGGCUCCAGUUCGAAUAUUACAGGUUUAGGCCAAUUAAGUUCGAACACAAUGAGACGAGACUAUUAUCGAGGCUCACAAGAUUCCCUUACAGUGAAAGAAUCACCGGAUGAAUACCCGAGUACUAGUUCAACACCGAUUGGACGACGGGGAUCGUAUAAGUUAUCUAAAGAACCAAAUGUCGAACGAGGUCGUACUCUAUCACGUAUAUCUGUAGCCAAAGGAAGUACACUAAAUUUCCGUGGGCGAAAAUCAAAUUCGCUUAUGAACCUGUGCGAUUCUGGCAUAGGAAGAGCCACGCCACCACGUCGAGCCCAAUCGCCCGGUAUUUCCACACUACACAGACAUAUGCCUUCGCCAUCGGGUCCUGGUUCAUUGCCGGGUUUCAUGACAAAACGACGGGGCAUGAUGGAUGAUGGAUCUAGCGAUAUGUCAUCGACGGGCAAUUUAAUGAUGGACUAUUCGGGACCGAAGUUGUAUAAACAACCAGCUGCCAAAUCGAAUCGUGGCAUCAUUUUAAAUGCUGUCGAAUAUUGUGUUUUCCCCGGCGCCGUUAAUCGUGAUGCCAAACAAAAGGUACUGGAAAAAAUUGCCCGUUCCGAAGCCAAACAUUUCCUUGUACUGUUUCGUGAUGCCGGCUGUCAAUUUCGGGCACUGUACAGUUACACACCGGAAACGGAGCAAGUUGUUAAGCUGUACGGUACGGGACCUAGUCAAGUGGAUGAGGUUAUGUUUGAUAAGUUCUUUAAGUAUAACUCUGGUGGCAAAUGUUUCUCCCAGGUCCAUACAAAACAUUUAACGGUCACCAUUGAUGCUUUUACCAUACACAAUUCCCUGUGGCAGGGCAAGAAAGUUAAUCUACCCAGUAAAAAAGACAUGGCUUUGGUCAUUUAAAAUUC